CAAAGAGCGGCAGUCUUCAGUGAACCUUUGCACCAUGAACUACUCCGCGUUGAACUGCAUUCUAAUUGCUAUACCCAUCCUGCUACUUUUAAUGGAUAUCUGUGAAGCCAAGCCUUGGUGGCCCACUAAUGAAGCUGGCUACGAUGCCAGCCUGGACCCCAUUGCCUGGUCGAGAUCAUUUGUGCCGGAUCAAGUGAGGAAAACCCGCUACAAUGUCAUUCAAGAACCGAGAAGCAAACAUCGCCAUCGCCAGUCCUCCAGGCUCUGGUACCAGAAACCAAUAGCUACGUAUCCCAAGCACAUUGUCAAUGCAAAAUACUACAAGAGAUAUCUGAGAAGAAGACAAAAACUGGCAGCACGUGAACGUUUCGCAAACUGGAGGCAAUAA